GCGCUGUGGCUAGUUUAGGUCCACGAGGCCAGGAAGUCAGUGGUUUUGGGGGAGGGGCUGAUACAGGGAAGUAAGAAAACGUUGCAUUCAAGUUGUCUCUUGAAGAUUGGACAAGCAAGCAAGGGUCUUAGAAGAAUGUCUAUCUGUUCAACUGCUGUUGGAGUACUGUGGUUCAUAGCCAUACUGCACAUUGUACUGAGUGGAGUGCUGGGGGCACUCAUUGUGGGCGUGUGUUACUAUGGUAAGCGUAAGGAAAGAGAGACCCGACACAAAGUGCACAUCAGUCAAGACAGUGCAUGCAGGGCAAGAUCCAGAGAUCUACAGGCACUAGAGAGCCCAGACAAGCUCUACCUCUCCAACCCUAAGCAGCUGGGGUCACGUCCUGACUCCCCUCCACUGGAUGAACCCAAUACUCAGGAGACAGUUGUUAAAGAUGAUCUGGGGCUAUACACGGUGGAGACAGAGAUUGGGAAGAGAGUAUCGUUUGAACGGCCUUCCUCCUCAAACCCAAGUGUGGAGGAGGUGGAGCAGGUGGAGCUGAGAAAGAGAUCUCGUGUCAGUAUCAUCAGUAACAUCUCCAAUCGGUUCAGGAAGUCAAUGGAUCUUGACUCCUCUACUAAAGAAGAUGCUUUGAGGCUAGUCCGAGAGAGAAGCUCUUCCUCAUCAGAGAGAGAGCCCACAGCCACGUAUCUCAUGGAGGAUCAGUUGGUGGCUAACCCUACUGAGGUAGAGGCUAUCGUGUCUAGUGAUGUCAUCUCCCCUGACAACGGGCAGGUGAUAAUUAAUCAAGACGCAGUAGAGAUUGUCAUGAGCAAUAACGAGUCAGAAUGUUGACUGGUUGCUAUAGUAACAACCCUCGGCCAUGCUCAACAUUAUGUGCGGCAUUUUUGUAUGUACCCUCAAAAUCACAACUUCCUUUAUAUGCUUUCACAUGAAUUAUAUGUCAUACACACAUCUUUUGUUCUGUGGAUUCAAGCAUCCUUACAUAAUGUCAUGCUCUUACAAAAGAUGGUUUUAUAGUAGAUAAAUGUAACUCAAUAUUCACUUUUAUUAAUGAGCACAAUAAUAAAAUGAUAAUAAUAGUGUCUACAGACUA